GACAAGGAUCAGAACGACCAAACAACACAACAAACAGCGAGCCGAGCGAGCACACGCAAAAAAAAAGGCAGCAGGGAGAACUUAUGGUAGGAUUAAAGAGAAAUGAUUUUGUUAUUUGGAACUCUGGAAAAUUAAAAUUUGCCGGGAAAGAACUUUUGCCCUAUCCGAAUUUGGAACAGCCCUCGCUAAAGAUCGCAGCGAUCGGCUAG